UCAUUUCUAUCUACAGGAGUAUACGUAGAGUUAUAUUCUACUCCCUAAUCAAACCAUUACUGAAUAAUAAAGGUGAGAAAGAAAUGGACUUGAUUCCUGUUUCUCAAGCGCUACAAAUAGCUGGUCGGGCGGGGCGAUACAAUACACAGUUUGAAACGGGUUAUGUGACCACAUUCAAAUCUGAAGACCUGUCGACAUUGAAGAAUAUAUUAUCUCAAAGUCCUGAAGAAAUAGUUCAAGCAGGACUUCAUCCAACGGCUGAACAAAUAGAGCUGUAUGCUUAUCAUCUUCCAGGCUCAACACUGUCCAAUCUCAUGGAUAUAUUUGUUACACUGAGCACAGUCGACGACUCGUUGUAUUUCAUGUGCAACAUAGAAGAUUUCAAAUUCCUUGCUGAGAUGAUACAACAUGUUCCGUUGCCACUGAGGGCCCGCUACGUGUUCUGCUGUGCUCCAAUCAACAGAAAAAUGCCUUUUGUCUGCUCACUAUUUCUAAAGUUUGCCAGGCAGUACAGUAAAAAUCAAGCUCUAACGUUUGAUUGGCUGUGUCGAAAUAUUGGCUGGCCGAUUGCACCACCCAAGACAAUCCUGGACCUUGUCCAUCUCGAAGCAGUAUUCGAUGUUCUCGACUUGUAUCUUUGGCUAAGUUACCGCUUUCCAGACCUGUUUCCAGACUGCAAUCUAGUUAGAGACAUACAGUUUGAAUUGGAUUCAAUAAUACAGCAAGGUGUGUUCCAACUAACUAGACUUCUUCGUAAUUCCGAAACAAGAGUGAGCUCUGGAACCGGCGAGGAUAUACAAGACGAAUUCAAUAUGAGAAAUGUCAAGCAACGCUAUUUGAGAGAUGACAAUGACAUCUAUGACGGUAAAGACGACGGUGACAUUGAUGAUGGGAAGAGAGGAUUAGGCAAAGGCCGGUUGACCGAGAGGCUGCUGUCUCAAGGACUGUUGACGCCAAACAUGUUGAAAGAGUUGAGGCAAGAAUGGACCCAGCAAGGCAGAAGUAAAAUGGCACAAAUAUCAGAAACUCCUCAAAGAGAUGAUAGGCGUGGCAAAAGAGGGAGGAAGCCGAAACAUUGAUAGAUGAACAUUUUCCUAGAAUUACAUUUUUUAGCUCGCUAUUCUGAAAUUGAUGUAAAUACUGUUAUCACACAUUAAAACGAUUUGAUAGAA